AUGACGAAGCCUCAGACCAUUUCCGCGAGCCCGGCAGUGCGUCAGCCAGGUCUACGCGCGACGUUCUGUCCACGCAAGGAGGAGAGAGUGUUUCUCGCACGCGGAGCGCACCUCUUCACCUUGCCUGGUCGCCAGGUUCGCGUCAGGGUUCAAGUCGACGUCGACGCCGAAUCGGACGAGGAAUCCAUCAAUGCGUCCGAGACUACGAUCACGAUCUCGAUCGCACAGGCCGAACAAGAUGCCUUCAAUGCUGUGGCCAGAUGGGUCAAGUUGGAUCGUCUUGCCAAGACAAGCUUGCACGGCGUUGUCAACGAGGAUCGGGCCACCUUUCAACACGCAUGGGCCUUCGAGCUGCUCAAUGAGACCAGUGAUCCACUCAGGGUAAUCUGGGCUGCCAUCUAUGCCUUUUGGAUCCGACACAAGUGGUCUGAUCGUCUCCCUGUGUUGUUCCAAGGCCAAGUUGCUGCUCAACAGCAAUUGCAUCUAGUCGCCGUCGGUUUGUGCUUUGCUUCGCCCACCGACGCAGACCUCGUCCUCCUCGAUCGCAACGCAUUCUGGCAAGGAGCUGGUGCACCCUCCGAUCUUCACUGGCUGCAGACCCCUGUGCCCUCGAAUGGUCUCUUCCCGUAUGUCUCCGCAUUUACCCAGAGCGCCUCUCCGCCCGUCCUCGCGAUGCACCCUUUGCGACCGCCCAAGCCGGCUCCCGGCUCUGUGGUGUACUCUCGCUACGUCUUCUCCUGCUCCCAACACCUCGAGCUGGUGCAUAUCGAUAGGUCGAACUCGCAGCAUUUUGAAGCGUACUGCAGGUGGCAAAACAGCGAUCGGGUCAAUCACGGAUGGCGUGAAAAGGGGCCCGAAGAGAAGCACAGCAAGUACAUCGAGGAGAAGAAUGCUGACCCUCACGCCAUGGGGGUCCUUGUUCUCUGGGACGGCGUCCCGGCGGGAUACGGCGAGAUGGUCUGGAGCAAAGAAGACGGGAUGGCCGCUUUUGUUGGCGGCUUGGGCAACUACGAUCAAGGCACCCACCUCCUUAUCGGCGAGGAGAAGUUCCGUGGCAAGCACCGCUUCACAGCUUGCAUGGUGUCGCUCAAGCACGCUUGCUUCCUUCGUGACCCCCGAACAGAGGUCGUCGUUGGUGAGCCCCGCUACGAUCUCGACAUCAUUCCCCUGUUGGCUACCUUCUUGCCGCAAGAGAUCCGAAAGGAAGUUGAGCUGCCCCACAAGCGCGCGGUAUUCUUCGUCUUGCGACGCGACCGCUUCCUGGAGGAAGGCAUCCUCGAGUGA